AUGAGGUCCUCAGUGGUGUUGAAGUGCUGUUGUCAGGGAUAUCGGGGACGAGUCGUAUUUCGUGGGAAGCGGGUGGACAAUUCACGCGCGAGACAGUUCUGUGUAAGUAACGCUGAACAAAACCAAACACCGAACACGCCAUCUUUCACCUUAGAUUGGGGGGACUCUGUCUUCAAGUUCAAGAAAGUGAGUAGGAGGGAGCCUGAACUAGUGGGCUCCAAGCACACCUCAAAGCCCUCGUCGAGUGGAAAGAGCAGUGACUCAGGUGAGACCGCACGUGUUCUAGCACGCUUCUCUGCGCCCACCACCUCCACCACCACGGGCCAAACAUCCACAUCACAGCCCUUGAGCACCUGGUGGGGCGGUCUCAUGACCACUGUUUCAACUCCUGCCCGUUUGGUUAUUCCACUAACUGGGCAGGUUCGAGCCCCCUUACGCUUGCUACGUUGCCACUCAAUUACCACCACGACUUUAACACUGGACAAUACCGGUGUCGUUGUGGUCAGCUUAAACAAGAUCAACCCCAAUCAAAGCAGGUAG